AUGAUCAGAGCUCCUCCGAAAGAUUUCUUUCUUGUUAAGCGAGAAUGGGCUGCAACACGGAUCCAGGCUGCUUUUCGAGCUUUCCUGGCAAGACAGGCGCUGAGAGCUCUGAAGGCGGUGGUUAGGAUUCAGGCGAUAUUCCGUGGUAGGCUAGUCCGGAAACAAGCAGAUGUGACACUUAGGUGUAUGCAAGCUCUUGUUCGAGUCCAAGCACGGGUACGAGCUCACUGCAACAAGGUGCCUUCAGAUGGACCGGAGUUGGAGAAACCAUCUGAACAAAAAGAUGAUCCUGCUAAGCAAGCUGAGAAGGGUUGGUGUGAUAGCCCGGGAAGUAUAAAUGAAGUGAGAACGAAGCUACAAAUGAGGCAAGAAGGAGCAAUCAAGAGGGAAAGAGCUAUGGUAUAUGCACUCACACACCAGGCAAGGACGUGUCCAAGUCCAAACGCCAAGGUGAACAAACAAGGGAGUCUCAAAAAGAAUCAGGGUUCGUGCAAGAGCAGUCCAGGUUGGAAUUGGCUUGACAGAUGGGUUGCAGACAGGCCAUGGGAAGGUCGGUUGAUGGAAGGUCCUACAAACUCAUCAGACAACGCAAGGAAAAGUGAGAGCAGUGUGUCUGAACAUGACACCGUUCAAGUCAGGAAGAACAGUCUCACAACCAGAGUUUCGGCUAGGCCUCCUCCAUUGUCAUCAUCUGCUACGAGUUCCGAGUCUUCUUCGACAUCUCAGUCCCCAGUUCCCUUCUCUGGAAGUUUCCUUGAGGAAGGAGGGUACUACAGAAAGCCAAGCUACAUGAGCCUGACACAAUCUAUCAAGGCUAAGCAGAGACGGUCAGGAUCUGCAUCGUCUUGUUCCAAAACACCCUUUGAGAAGAAACAGUCAAUGUCUUACAACGGAGAUGUAAAUGUAAGGCGUAGUGCUGGUUCGGAUCCAUCGUGCAACCAGUGGACUGACCUAUACCCACCAGCUCAAGUAACGGGGAGACAUAUGUGGGCAAAGAGCCAGAGAGGCUAG